AUGGCUACCAGUUCAGUCUGCAUUGGGUGUUCAAUGGAAGUGGCAGGUCGUAGAUUCAAGGUGAACUUGGUGUGCUUGCCUUUGGAAGGACUGGAUGUAAUCUUGGGGAUGGACUGGUUGUCCAACAAUCACAUUAUAAUUGAUUGUGGACGGCGCAGUUUGGUAUUCCCAGAACAUGAGGGAUUGGAGCUAAUCUCGGCUCAGAGGGCGAUAAAUGAAGUUGAAGCCGGAGCCACCUGUUUUAUGAUAGUGGCUCAUACAGAGAAGAAUAGCACCACCGAGAAUAUCAGUGUGAUCCCAGUAGUGGAGGAGUAUGCUGAUGUGUUUCCAGAUGAAAUACCAUAUUUGCCACCGAGUAGGGAUGUGGAUUAUACCAUCGAUCUUAUCCCUGGAGCUGGCCCAGUGUCCAUGGCGCCCUAUAGAAUGGCACCAGCGGAGUUGGCUGAGUUGAAGAAACAAAUAGAAGAUUUGCUUAAGAAGAAGUUCAUCCGACCGAGCGCAUCACCUUGGGGAGCACCGAGUCGGGAUGAACACGUAGAGCAUUUGAGAGUGGUGCUGGGAAUUCUCAGAGAGAAUAAACUGUAUGGGAAGCUGUCGAAGUGUGAGUUUUGGCUGGAUGAGGUACAAUUCUUGGGCCAUGUGAUAUCAUGA